UCAGUUGGCGUGAGAAGAACAGCAGAAAUUUAUGACAGUCACAAUUAUAUGCAGGACGGGUAAAAGUUUCAUUGAGGACAAAUAUACAUAUAUACAUAACAGUCAUACAUAAAGUCCAUCGCCCGGUGUCUCUCAAGGAGUUUUGUUAUCUAAAUAACGCAGAAGGAUCCCGCAGGAUUUAAAUCAUGCAAGACUGACGUCUGUUAAACGUUAGUGGCGGGAGUCUUUUUGUAUCGAGAAGGAGGUCUAUGUGUAAAACAAUGUAAUUGACAAAUCAGUCAACCGUGAAACGUCUCAAACCAAACGAUGACACCGUCAUUGAUCAAUGUCUGGGUCUCAACUAGUAGAAUUUGCUAAAAGCAUGUGAAAGUUAAUGGUUUUAUAUUUUGCAAUGAAUUGUUGUUCCAUUGGACGAAAUACAGAUUUACGAUGGUCACGUGCAGCACUGCAUUUCUUGCUAUUCAGUUGGGCAUUAUUUUCCAUACCUGUUUUGCCGAGGUAGUGAUAACAGCGGAUAAUGGAGUCAAUUGGAAUAUGAAAAUUGAUGAGGAACUUAUUGACACCCUGGAUUGGCGAGAUCAUCCUUGUAGACGAGCUUGCAAGGAUAAUGCACCUCCGAUGGACUGUUACUAUUUAUUCAGGGUGGAACAUUAUGAGACUAUGAGCAAAGCUUGCUACGAUUGUCCAUAUAAUCAGACAGAUUGUUUCCGGCCUCACUGCAUAUCAUCCGACGGCGUGAAACGUUCUCUUAUCUUAGUCAAUAGACAAAUGCCAGGACCUUCGAUCGAGGUAUGCCAAGGCGACAGAAUUGUUGUGGACGUGAUAAAUUCCUUGACGUCCGAAAGCACCAGUAUGCAUUGGCAUGGACAGCAUCACAGAGCUACUCCCUAUAUGGAUGGUGUACCUUAUGUUACUCAGUGUCCUAUUUUACCUGGAGCUACGUUUAGAUACAAUUUUAUUGCUGCCACUGCCGGUACCCAUUUCUGGCAUUCGCACUCAGGACUUCAGCGAGGUGACGGCAUGUUUGGACCAUUGAUUAUACGAGUACCUCCUUCCAAGGAUCAUCACAAGGACCUCUAUGACUUUGAUGAACACAAUAUGCUAAUUCAAGACUGGGGACAUUUAUCCAGCACUGAAAAAUUCUUAGCUCAUCAUCAUUCAAACGGUGACAACAAGUCGCCAAAUCUUUUAGUAAAUGGACUAGGUCGUUAUCUACAAUUACAAGAUGCAAAUGGAACAGUAAUAGAUAUGCCCGCUGCGACGUUUUUGGUAAAACAGAAUUUCAGAUAUAGAUUCAGAUUGGUGAACACAGGAUUUCUAAAUUGUCCUAUUGAGGUAUCUGUGGACAAUCAUACUAUGUAUAUUGUCAGUACUGAUGGCAAUGAUAUUGAUCCGAUCGAAGCCGAGUCACUCGUGAGCUAUGCCGGCGAAAGAUUUGAUUUCAUAAUCGAGAUGGAUCAAGAUAUAGAUAAUUAUUGGAUUCGUUUUCGUGGUCUGAUGGAUUGCGACGAGAGAUUCUUGAGUGCACACCAGGUGGCCGUACUGCGGUACGCAGGCGCGCCAGAUAUGAAUCCUAUUGCUGAAGUUUCGUAUGACCGAAUUCCUAUGAAUACCACAGCCCUACAAGUGAAUGCCUUGAAUCAAGGAACGGAAACGAAUACCAGUGUCAGUAUGCCUCUGUUGGCAGCUAUGGAUCCUAAUGACGAAUCCAACACACGGGAACCUGAUCAGCAGUUUUAUAUUUCUUACGAUUUUUACAACAAGGAUAAUCCACAUUUUCAUCGCAAAAACCUCUAUGGUUUCCAUCAAGUACAUGAUAACCAGCAGAGACUGUUCACGCCACAAUUGAAUCACAUCACUAUGAAGCUGCCGCCAUUUCCACUGUUAUCACAAAGGGAUUCUAUUGGAGCAGAACAAUUUUGCAACGAAAGUACCGUUCAGGAUUGCGAUAAGGAUUUUUGUGUUUGUACUCAUGUACUUCAGGUUAAACUAGGCAACGUCGUAGAGCUUGUCCUUGUAGAUAAAGGUUUCACCUAUGAUGCUAAUCAUCCAUUCCAUCUGCACGGUCAUCGGUUCCGUGUUGUAGCCAUGGAAAAAGUUGGCAAGAAUGUGACGGUAGAGGAAGUUAAAGAAUUGGACAGAAAAGGGCUUAUUCGUAGGAAGUUAGAUAGGGCUCCAUUCAAAGACACCGUAACUGUUCCUGAUGGUGGUUACACCAUAGUACGUUUUCAUGCUGACAACCCGGGAUACUGGAUUUUCCAUUGCCACAUCGAUUUCCACAUGGAGCUGGGAAUGUCGCUAAUCUUCAAAGCCGGAGAGCACGAGGACUUUUUACCGGUGCCUGAAAAUUUUCCACAAUGUGAUAGCUGGAUGCCUUCUGAUCCUCCGGAGAUAAGAAAAAAAGUCAUCCCCGAGACGACGACGUCCACCGGGACGCCUGUGACCGUAAAUAACGGAAGAGAGAAUGAAAUUGAUGAUGCAAUAAGAAAAGAGGAAGAGUCCAUCAUCAAAUGGCUACCCUUAAUUCUACGUGAACUGGGAGUGGCGUCUUCAGCUUCAUUGCCAAUAAUCAAUUCAGCAACAAUAACAAUAUGUAUUGUCGUUGCAAGUAUUAGAACUGUCUUGUAGUAUUUAUUUAUUGUUAAAUUAGUGUAGCACAAGAUUGCUAUUGGAGAAAUAUCUACACCAUUCCCAUAGUCAGUAUUUAAAAAUGUUCAGUUAUCAUAUAUUUAUGACUUUCUCAGACACAAUUAUUGAGAUUUAACAGUGACGAGGUGUAUACUUGAUACUUGUGAGGGGUCAAUAUUGUUAAGCUAUCUGAUAUACUAAUUUCAAGACGAAAAUACUAGAUUAAGAAUUAGUGUUUAAUAUUAACUUCGCAAUCCAAAGCUCAAUAUUUUCUAAAAUCCGGGCUGGUUUAUAGAUGCGUUACGUAACUGUGAUAUCAAUGUAAUUAAUUUCAUAAGUGACUCUUCUAUAGGAGCUUCAGAUUUUUGGAGGACAAGUAAACGUGUGUAUUAUUAUAAUAAUGUAUAAAGAUAAGGGCUCAAUUGCAAUCAAAGACAAUCAAUGACGACAGAUAAUUGAUCGUGGAGUACGAAUAGGAGUAUAAUGUAGGCGAAUGAAGAAAUUAAUGUACUUUUUAAUUUUAUAUCAAACAAUCUAUAGGUUAUAGUGCAUAUCGGACAAAGGCAAUUGUACUUGAAUGUAAAUACAGUGUUAUAAGAAGAUACUAUAAAAUAGUUGUAUUCCUGUCACGAGAACAUUUCUCGGCAUUUAACCCGCUACUAUGAAAAAUUUCGGUGUAGAGUAUUGUAAUAAACAUUUACAAAAUUUCUAA